CAAAUCUGUGUUAUCUAUAACCAACAAUAAAAUUAACCUCUCGUCUGCGAUAACCAUUCUCAAAUUCUCUUUAUUAGUUUCACCAUUCGCAUCGAACGAAGCAGUCAUUUUCGCGAAUUUUUUUCAACUUCAAGUUAUGAUGAGUUUGCUUGAAAAAGACAGAAGCCUGAUUUGGCAUCCUUUCACUCAAGAGAAAACCGCCGCUCCGCCCAUCUUGAUCACCAAAGGUAAAGAUUCGUAUUUAUACGAUGACAAAAAUAACAAAUAUUUAGAUUUGGUUUCCAGUUGGUGGGUGAAUAUACAUGGUCAUGCCAAUGAUGAGAUUUCCAACGCUAUUUACAACCAAUGUAGAAAAUUAGAACACGUCAUAUUUGCCGGAUUCACUCACGAGCCAGCAGUAACCUUGUGUGAUUCAUUGACAUCCCUGUUACCAUCACCUUUAAGGAAAUUCUUCUUCAGUGAUAAUGGUUCAACUGCCGUCGAAGUGGCUAUGAAAAUGAGCUACCAGUGGUGGAAAAAUCAAGGCUAUCAUAAACCUUUAUUUGUGGCUUUCGAUGGAGGAUAUCAUGGCGAUACUUGGGGUGUGAUGAGUGUCAGUGUGAAAUCCGGAUUCCAUGAUGCUUUUGAAAAGGUAGUUUUCCCUGUGCUUUAUGCGCCAUUUCCAGAUACUUGGUUAGAAGAUGACAAAGUCGAUGAAAAGGAGGCAAAUUCUCUGAUAGUGUUGAGACAACAUUUGGAAACAAAUCGCCAUAAUAUUUCGGCUAUUGUAUUGGAACCCCUAGUGCAAGGUGCCAGUGGAAUGAGAAUGUGUCGUGCUAGUUUUAUCGAUAAAGUCACCACGUUAGUUCGCGAAUUUGACAUCUUAGUGAUUUUUGACGAAGUCAUGACUGGUUUUGGAAGAACAGGGACAUAUUUUGCAUUAGAUCAGACUAAUGCUGUGCCAGAUUUCAUUUGUUUGUCAAAAGGUAUCACAGGUGGCUUUCUACCCUUAUCCCUUACUGUAACUACUCAAAAAAUUUACAAUUCAUUUCUCGAUGAUAAUUUUGAUAAAGCUUUCACUCACGGCCAUUCAUAUACUGGUAAUCCAGUUACUUGUGCAGCUGCAGUCGCAUCUUUCAAAAUUUUAACUGAUUUGAAAACCAAAAACAAUAUAGUGAGUAUCAAUACUAUUCAUCGAAAUCGUAUCAACGAAUUGAAAAAAAAUUGCAAGAAUGUGCAACAUGCUCGCAUCACUGGUACCAUUGCUGCAUUUGAUGUCAAAGAAAAUGUCCAGGUAAAAAAGUUCAAGGAAAAAUGUUUCGAAGAUGGUAUUCUUAUUAGACCUUUGAAUCGCAGUGUGUAUUUACUGCCUCCGUAUUGUAUCACUGCUGAUGAAUUAAAUCAUGCUUACAAUGUAAUAAUCAAACGUUUGAACGAAUUUUGAAUAUUUUAUAUUAUUGCAAUGAAAUUGAUGCAAAUAAACUGUGAAGUGAA